UUUUGGCGGCAAUCCGAAGACUGGACUACUAUCUAAGCCCAUUUGAGGCCCAAGUGAUUGGCCCAUAGAGAAUAGGUCGCUCCUAGAAGAAUGGGUCUUCUGCUUUUCGGUGAAGUCGGUGCUAUCUCAGCCCAGGAUUUUUUGUUCGCAUCGGUGGCGACUGGCAAGGGAUUUGAACGUUGGCGUAUCAGUAUAACGUUACAAUGGAUCCAAGAUCCAUGGGAGAUUUAUUGAAGCACUUGGAGAAGCAGAGUGACCUCCUUCUGGAUUCCUAUAGAUCAAUGACACAUGAACUGCAUAGACUUCAGGUAGAAGAAGAAAUGCUGAUGCGCAAGUUUUACGAAAUAAUGACAGCCCAUGGUCUACUUAAAAAGAAUCAAGACAGAAGUAAUGUUCCUGAUGAUGGAGAAAAUGGAGAUUGCACUGCAAUAGUCAUUGCAACUAGCGAUUCACAACUGUAAGGACAUGAGGUUGGAUUAUCUCUAUCAUGAAUUUAUGUAUUUUUUUUUUUAACAUUGUCCUAGACAAAGAGCUCUUCUGCAUAUUCUUUUAAAAUGGCUGAAUUUUGUUUGCAAGUGUAAAAGAAAAAAAUUUCCUUUUAUUAUUGAAUCCAACAACUUUGAAGUUAGUAA